AUGCAUCCAAUUGAACAGUUGCGUCAAAAUUCCAGUUGCAAUGUUCCAAUAGCGGAGGCUUCUCCUAAGAAACCGGUAGACUUCUUGCAGGAAGUUUUAGUUCUUGAGACUGCAUUGCGAUUGAUUUCUCAGGAUAAAGAUCGAAAAGGAGUAAUUGAUCGUAAAGGAACUGAGACUGUCAGCAUUACCACACACGGUUUGGAGGCCGUACAUCCCGCAUAUUACUGA